UCUGCUACUUCCUCAAUAUGUAAACAUCGGAGACCGCGGCGCAGUAUUAUUAAGUUACACUGCAAGUCCACGGCGAUGCACUGCGUUAACUCAUCGGUAUUACAACAAUAUACAACGUAAUAAAGUUUGUACAACGUAACCAGGUGGAAGGAAAUGAGGAAAAAAAUCCCGAUCGAAGGCGAAGUUCCGAGGGGUUGUACGCGGUGAGGGAAUGGGUUACAUCCCUUGCUGGUCUAAAUGGAGAAUAAAGGGAGCGACGAGGUGGAAACAUUGAAGACAAAGUUCUUGUCUGUGUGGCACAAUGUAAAAUACAGUUGGGCUCUAAAGUCAAAGACCUCAUUCAGUAGAAAUUCCCCGGUGUUUCUUCUCGGAAAAUGUUACCAUUUUAAGGCAGAAGAUGACGAAAGUGUCACUGAAGCCUGUUACGAUGCCUCCGACGAGGACUCCGUCACGGGGAACGCCGAAGCUUUCCGCAAGGAUUUUGCGUCCCGAGUGUGGCUGACCUACAGGGAGGAGCUCCCGCCUCUGCCCAGCUCCCCCCUGACCUCCGACUGCGGCUGGGGCUGCAUGCUGAGAGCUGGGCAGAUGAUGCUGGCUCAGGCACUCACCCUGCACUUCUUGGGCCGAGACUGGACCUGGUCGGAAGCGAUGUCGCUCCAGCCUUUAGACGCAGAGACCUGGACUGCCACCGCAGCAAGACGUCUGGUGGCCUCUCUGGAGGCCUCUCUUCAAGGUUCCCCCGGGGCCUCCGAUCAAGCUUCACCGCCCACGCACCGAGCCCAUGCCCGGGGAUCCGCAGAGGAGGCAGACGCUCAUUUGAAAGAGAUGUACCACCGCACUCUGGUGUCCUGGUUCGGGGACAGCCCCUCGGCUGAGUUAGGCCUCCACAGGCUGGUUGGCACGGGCCUGACUAUGGGAAAACAGGCGGGGGACUGGUAUGGGCCUGCUGUGGUGGCACACAUCCUCAAGAAGGCUGUUGAGGAGGCGAUGGACCCCGGCUUGGCGGGUGUAACUGCGUAUGUCUCCCAGGACUGUACAGUGUACAGUGCUGAUGUCAUCGAUAGCCACGAGGCACCGAGAGCAGGGCCGUCCUCCGCGGAGGGACCCGCAUCCCCGCAGAGCGAACGACCGGUUUCAGCCUCGCUCCCGCCAGAUGGCCGAGCCGUGAUCAUCCUCAUCCCUGUGCGGCUGGGAGGGGAGAAGACAAACCCUGACUAUUUUAACUUGGCAAAGAGCAUACUGAGUCUGGAGUACUGCAUAGGCAUCAUCGGCGGGAAGCCCAAACAGGCCUGCUACUUUGUAGGAUUUCAAGAUGACAGCUUGAUUUACAUGGACCCUCAUUACUGUCAGUCUUUUGUGGAUGUCAGCACCAGCGAUUUCCCUCUCCAGUCAUAUCACUGCCCCUCACCGAAGAAGAUGCCUUUCAGCAAGAUGGACCCGAGCUGCACCAUAGGUUUCUACUCUAAGAGUGCUCAAGACUAUGAGAGAAUAAGCCAAGAGUUGUCAAAGGUGCUGCAGCCGUCGACAAAGGAGAAAUACCCGGCGUUCACUUUUAUGCAAGGUCACGGCAGAGAUUACGACCUGUCUGCAGGUUUGACCCCAGAGAAGAGAGAAUGGCCCUUCAUCCGUGACCCGCGCAGGACGGUCACCACUACUGGGGACUUUGUGCUGCUGUAAAGGACUACUAACUGGGAACUUCUUCUUUUAAUGAAUCCAACUGCUGAUAUCCAAAACCUCACGAGAGAGCCUUUUGUGACAUAGUUACCAUAGUUACUUGGUUAACGCAUCAUGGAAACUUAUUGUAGUACUUUUUUCUUGGAAAUUGUCAGGAAACCUUUGGUUAUUUGCUUAAUUCAGUGAAUCAAAGUGUUUAGUCAUAUGAAGGAGACAAAUACUUUUAAUUUUUAACCAUAUAUUUGUUAUAAAAACUUCAAGCGAGCGGUUUAAAGCGACUUCUAUUCAAUUUUUAUUGGAUUUGUUGUCGGUGUUUUUAGUGUUUGUCCAUUUCAAAAUCCUUUCACGCAGGUUUUGUUAUGUGGAUAUUCUAAGAGUAAUGUGGAGUGUUCUAAAAGAAUAUAUUAUUCUUUUAUUAUUAUUAUAUAUUAAGAUUAUAAGAAAUAUUAUGAGUGGAGCGUUCUCUGAUGAUAGAGUCCAGUAACCUUUCCAAACUUCUGUGCCAAAUAAUGAAAACCAGAGGAUUUCUUUACCCUUCACCCGACACCUCACCAGCAGUAGCAUGUGGAAGGGCAUAAUUCUGCACGACAUCUUUCAAUCCAAACAAACAUUGUUUUGUUACAGCAAUAACAUUGGGUUGGGUGAUUACAAAAUGGUUUGCCUGCAUUGUUAUAUUUAAAAUGGUAUUGAUUUCUGAUUAAUGCAACACCAAUGCAAGUGAGCAGGGGUGACAGUUAACAGUGAAACGGAUAUCAUCAUUUAUCAUAUCUCAUUAAGUGCUAUCUGUUAUGAAUUACCCUUUGCAAUGUAAUUUGUAAUACUGUAUGUAAGAUGAUUUAACAUAUUCUUCUUACACACACUGAAGUCGAAACAUAAAAAAAGGGAAUUAGAAAAUAUUUAGAUUAAUUUCCUACCCAAAAACGACGUUCAACUUUCCAAAUCAAUAUUGUGUGCAAUUAACAAUUUUGGCCAAUUAUUUCAAAGGAUUCGUAUCAUUUCAAACCACGCUUUUUGUAUUAUAAUAAGUAAUACAAAAUGUAAUCUUUCUUACUUUUGAUUUUCUUUUCUGUUCUGAAUAAAUUAUUCUGUUUCUAAAUGAUCCUUACAAAACACCUCUACAGUCUCCACACCUUAAGGAGCUAGUAAUGAAGAAGUACACUAUUAAGACGUGUUAGGUUGCAAAGCUUUGUUGCAGCUUUGUUGUAGUAUGUAAGUAAAUAAGUAAGUAUCCUGACUAUUUUUUACACGUUGCCCUGUAUUACAAUACGGACAUGUUUGUUUGAAUAAAUCAACCUUAAAAUAUG